UAUAUUCUCUCCUGGCGUUUUUUGUCCAAAAUAAAGAGAAUAAAAAUAAGCUGAAUGAAAAUAAUAAAAUACCCAUUAAUUUUGUCCGCCACUUGAGUUUGCCAAAACACACAUCGUCUUUGUGCGUUAAAUGUCUCAGUUCAGAAACACUUUCCAUCUCGUCUGACAGUGACAAAAGGCUACGCAACUCAGCGAAAUAACACCACCAAAAACACAGAUAUAUAAGAAAUAUACUAGAUUUGUGUUCAUUCCAAAAAAUAAAAAACAUGUCCAGUGGUCGCUUAAAAUGUUUGUCCAGAUUCUCAGCCUAUUUACAUUUAGUUCUGAGCUUUAUUGGAAUCGCUGUUGUCAUUGCUACAAUAGUUGUGGUUGCAAAAAAUAAUUUCGAUGCGGUGGAAGAUUAUGUUACCAAAUAUUUGAUGUUGGGCUAUUUGAGCUGCGUUCUAGUAUAUAUAUUGUUGCUGUUUAGUUUCUCCAUUACUUUGAUAGUGGGCAUUGAAAAGAAUAAACUUAAAUUAUUGAGCCCCUUUGUCUAUUUGACAUACAUUGGCUGUUGGCUGUAUGGCCUCGUAGCACUUCGACAUUUCAUCUCGGGCUUAUUUAACCGCGGACCAUUUUUACCUCUUUUUCUUCAUCUCUUGAUACAUUUGACAAUUAUUGGUAUUCUAGUUGCAAUGUUAUGGCCAGUAUUAAAGUUGCACAAGAGAUGGCGCAAGGAACGCAAAAUAUCAAUGUCUACUGUCUGCAAUAAUAGUACAACUAAUUUUUAAUUAGUUUAAGAAUGCUUUUU